UUCACAUACUUCCACAAUUUGUCCCGAUUUUAUAAAUGAAAAUCAGUAAUUUUUGGAAUGGCGCUAAUGUUGUGUAGAUUUUCAUUUGUAUCCUUAGUGCAAGGUUGUGCGCGUGCUCCUUGUGAAUCACCCCAUUUUACAUGUUACCAUCGCUUUUCGCAUCAAACAAAUGUCAGGGAUUUUUUAAGGAUGCAAUUGUUGGGCAGCUUGUAUGCAACAACAAACUGAUAAUUUAAGGGAAGAGUGCAUACUGAGCCCAUUUGUCUUGCUUCAACGCAAUAGUAAAACAAAACCACCUCCACGCUACACCGAGACAUGAUUCGUUCACGUCCUGUAUAGCUGUUUUCAUAUCUCAGUCUCAACUUGGAAAGCGUCGGCUGUACUGAUUCCUACCAAUCGCUGGGUGCAUCUUGAUUUGCAAUGAAUUAUUCUAAUGAAAAGUGUGUUAGUCUAGUCAGUGGAAACGGUUAUUACAAUAAUUUGUAUAUGUAGAAAAUAUUCUGAAACAACGCCAUAAAAUUAGUAUGUGCGGAGCUUAAGUGGUGCAGAGAAAGUACAAUUUCCUGCUCAUUAGAAAAUUGCGCAACGCCUAACAGCAGUGGACAGUGCAAAGGUGAUAAUUAGAAAAACUGCAUUUUCCAGUGGGCUUUACCGUCACUGGGUAUAUAUUGCGUUGUGCGUGUCACUUACAUCGAUAAAACUUCUAUUCUACAUAUCUAAAUUAAAAGAGUAGAUGAUGUUCUAGCCAGUGAAUUGUUAUUGAUUUCUCAAGAUAACAGCUGUGGCAUCCUGCGGGUUAGUGCUAAGCAAUAAUUAUACUUAAGAGGGGAAGGGGAGAGACUGGUUCUCCAGGCGAAGAAUAUGACUAGUGACAGCCCUAUAUCCGUAUCUGUAAUCUGUGAAGAAGUGUUUGAGGAAGGCUAUCAGCCGCUGAUGGACGAAAUAAACGAAUAUGCUAUGAAAAUUGGCAUCGAUCCAGAAAGGGAACCGGAACUAUUACACUUAGCCAAAGAAGGACUCAUGCAAGCAUUGCCACCUGACUGGAAAGUUUGCUAUAACGAUAAAAUUCAAGCUACCUACUACUAUAAUAAAAAAACACUAGUAACACAGUGGGACCACCCACUUGAUGCUAUUUAUCGAAAUAUCGUAGAAGAUACUCGACGUCGUCUGUUGAAAGAGAAGAAGUCAGAUGUCACUUCUUCACUGCCUGAUAACUCUGAAGAAGUUUCCCAGCUAGAUUCUGGUAUUCGGAGCUUACAAGGAAAUGAAGAAUUCAAUUUGAAUCCUCCAAAUAACAAACCUACAAUAAUAGGUUUCAAGAAAAAUUCAGGCAAUCAAUUUUCAGAUAUGAAAAGGCAGGCAUCAUCUGGUUCAGAACUAAUAAGAACUUCACGGUUUGAAGUUGUUAAAACUAAUCCAGAGAUAAGUCUUAGGUUGGAUGGGAACCAUAGCUUAAUGACAACUUUAGAUUUGAAUAGUGAAGGAUUCUUUCAUGACGAAAGAGAUAAUAUUAAAAAAGGCUUCACUAUAACGGGUACCGGUGCAAUGUUUUUAAAAUCUAAUAUGAAGAAAAGUGAUGAUUAUACUGCAAAAAACUAUUUUACGGAAACAUUCAUUUCCAACGUAAAAGGAAUUUUACGAGAUUCGAGUUUAACCGAUGUUAGGAAACGCCUCGACGAUACAGAUACUGAAGACAAGAAAAGUGUACGUUUUAAUCUAGAUGAAAUAAAAUUAAGUGCCAAUUACUCUCCUGAUGCAAGUAGUUCAAAAAAAUUUGGGCCAAGUCCAGAAGCUUCGGAUAAUUCCGAUGAAGAUCCGUGGGACUUUUUGGAAAAUGAUCAGCAGGAAGCGGAAAAACGUAUUAAAGAAGUGACUGUAAUAUCUGGAAUGAAGCCAACAAAUCUCAAAGGAUUGAAGUCCCAGAAUGCCACUGAUCAAUCAAUCGAAGCGCAAAACAGAACUGGUAUGUUUACGCGCAAACUUAGUGCAGACAGUAGCAGCAUGCUGGAGAAUUCAAAAAAGUCAAUUAUUGAAACACGCAAAUUUAGUGAUCAAAAUCCUGUCAAGCCCCUUUAUGACGAUACAGAUUCCGAAUCGAAAGACUGUUCAAUUCGUAGUUUUCUUCAGAACCCUACUAUCGGAGAUGACCUGCCACAAAAUUCCGAAUCGCGUGAUAAGAAUGACUAUGAUGAUAUUCGAAAAGAACAUGAACGGACACUUGAAACUUUAAAACGUGACUUAGAAGCAGAACGAGAAGAAGAAAUGAAACGUUUGAGAGACGAAAUGCAAAAAGAAUUAGUUAAUAAAAGACAAGAAAUUUUGCAGCAAUUCGAAGAAGAUUUCAUAAAUUCCGAUGUGGAGAAAACCAAACGGGAAUUACGUAAAAUUGCAGAGAAAACCAUCGAAGAAGAGAAGGCGAAGAUAGAAAUUGAAAUUGCUGAAAAGACAAAUAAUUUCAAGCAGCAGAAGCAAGCUCAAAACAAGGAAUUGCUUGAAAUAGAAGAGAUAACUUUGGAGAAGAGUUUUCAACGUGAUUUUCAGAACAUUAAAGAACUUUUUAGCAAGAAAAUAAACAUAAUACAGACCGAAUACGAUGCUAAAUUAGAGGACAUUAGGUGCACACUUGAAGAAGAACAAAUACAUAAAUUAGAGGAAUACCGAAUUGCUGUACAGGAAGAAUUUCAUUCUAAAAGGCAACAAAUACUAAACGAACACAAAGCAACCGUCGAUAUACUGCAAAGAAAUCAUUCUGAACUGGUUCAGGAGCUGGAAAGGGAUUUAAAAAGUGAAGAGGAAAUUUUGAGAAAGGAACAUCAAACGCAUUUAUUGCAAAUGCGUGACAAACUUGCGCUUGAACUUGAAGCAGAACGUCAAAGAAUGCGCGAAAAUGGGGAAGACCGGCUGUAUGAAAAAGUUAGAUGCGAAAAACGCUUACUCGAAGACAAAUAUAGGUGUUUAAAAGAAAAGUACAUUCGCUUGAAAACUGACGUAAGAAUCACUCUGGAACGAAGGCAGAAAAAAAGAGAACAGCAAGCCCAACAGGUGAGCAUAACUACUACAGGAUCGGCUACAGAAACAGACCGUUCGACAUCAAAUAAACCUUCGGUAGAUGAUAGUGAAAAUCGCAGCACGCCACUACCGGUACCACAUACAACGGAUCCAGCGAAACCGUAUUCGCUCAUUUCGAAAGGUCAUUUGCAGGAAAAGGCUUCCGAAAGCCCAUCCACUCGCGAAAGAAAAGCGACCCUUGCUUCAAAAUAUAUUAAACAAUUCCAAACGAAACACCAGGAAGAUACAACUUCAAUAAGCCAGUCAGACACUACAAUGUCAAACAACUAUUCGAAAGGGAAAUAUUUGCCAUCUCCUUACAGCGAUAAUGGAAACUCUGAUUCAGAAGCAUUCAAUCGUAAUCAGGAAAAUAAUAACUUUGCUCGCGAUCGCCAGCGAAAAAAAUUGUUUUCGCGCAUGAAGUCUGCGUCAACUUCUCGCCUGAAUUCAGAUAACUUUAAAGUAGACCGACCUUGCACUCCUGUUGAAAAUCUUCGCAGCCAGCUGCAAAAGUUGGAUGACCUCGAAGACCAGUUUCCAGAUAACACGUUGGAAACCACCUAUCAUUUACGAUAUCCGUUCUCGGAUAUUUCAAAUGAACAUGCUGGCGGCAGUUCUGAACUAGAAUUCUUCAAGCAUCGAAUACAUUUAGAGCGUGAUUCUGUCCGACGAGCUAAGGAGUCAUUGAGAACACAAAGGAUGGAUUUUCGGUCGCGGCAACGAGAAAUCAAACAGCGGCACAAAGUCGGCAACACUCGGCAUACUUUAGAUCAGCUUGUUAAUGAGGAGCGAGAACUGACGGAAAUGGAGGUGAAUCUCCAUCGAACACGUGCUCUCCUUGGGGAGAAAGUAAUUCGGUUGCGACACCUCGAACAGUCAUUACAACGACUGUGCGAAAAAGAAAACCCUGGAGAGUAUCAGCAAACUGAAAAUAAAGAUGAUGCGACCACUCUGAGCGAUUUAUCGUCACAUUCUAGCUCGGGCUUCAGCAGCACCGACUUAGCUAGCGAAAACAUUCACCGAAGGAAAGACAUUUUUCAGGAGCCAUCGGAAUGCAUACAGAGUUUGGAAAUUCUUAACGCUGAAAUUCGCGAGUUUCUGGAUAUAUUGGGAAACAAACAAACAAGCGGUUUGCCAGCUUCUUCGCAAAUGAUGUCAGGAGACUUAAAUUGGUCGAUUCUAGCACAAAAUAUCCAACAAACUGCGACCGUUCCUUCACUCAUGCAUGCCCCACAAUCGAUAACAACCCUCGCUGAUCGACUAGAAACUUAUCGGCAAUUAGCUGCAGGGCGAGUUCAAAAUUCAGUAGGUAGUGCUAUCUUAGCAGCAAAUACAAUUGUAUCGCAAAGUCCCCGUGCGGUAAACUAUACAACCAACUUAGUGGAACGCACGCGAGAUCUGCGAAAUUGGCUUCGGCAAGCAAAAAAUGAACAUGACAUCUUAUCCACCAUUAAUUUUGGUGGUAAUUUAGCAGCAACAACUAAUGGACAACAGACAAAUUUGUAACUUGAUCGAAUCGAAUAUUUUAAUUAGUUUACAAUGCAGGAUCUACGGAUAGAUUUACAUAUUUCUGAUGUAAAACCUGCCAUUCGCAUAUGUAAUACAAUAAAUAAUACUAUAUAUGUAUGUAUUAUAAAUACUACAAUGUUGUGUGCUCUACUUACUUGUAUUUGCCGUAGUGCAUUCCAAAUAUAAAUUUAUUGCUCUUGAAAAUUACAUUAUAAUGUGUUAAAGUUAUUAAAAAAGUUGAUUCGCCCAUUGCCAUGGCGAAAUUGCUUGUGAUAAUUAUAGAAAAAAAAAGAUGUGGUAAUUACUGGUUCAACUUCAGAGUCAACUUUCCAGAUUAAAACGUUCAAUGCACACAUAUUUACUAA